AUGCAAAAGGAUAUUGAUGUUUCGGAAUACUCGGGUGGAACUAAGAUCGUUCUUCAUCAACUUUAUAGUCUAUUUGGAGGUGAAAAUCCAGGUAUUAUAACUAAUUCUACUCCACCUAACAGCACAGACGAGUCUAAUACAUUAGCAUCAUUGCUAGAACAAUAUAGCAGAUCAAUAAGUGAAGGUGGAGGAAUUGGCUACAUUGGUCUAGAAUGGAAAGGGCCAUUCUCUUUUCAUCCUGAUAUUUUACAACAUGCUAAACGGAUGACAUCUUUAACAGGAAGUGCUCCUUCAAUGAAUUGUGGCACUUUACAUCAUUUAAAUCAUGGAUACAUUACUCUUGAAAAUUUACUAUAUAUAUUUCCACUGACAGAACAAGAUGAUACAACUAAUUCUGCAAUUCGAGGACAUGAUACUUUCAAAGAAGAUGAAAUUAAGAGGAUAUCUAAACCUUUAAGUAUAACAUUACCACUAGCAAUUAAAGCAGUUUCAGUAACAUUUCCUAAAUUUGGAAUGUUCUCAGAAAAAGUACAAUUUAUACUAUGUGUACUAACUGAGAAAUCAGCACACUUAUAUGGAAUAUGUUAUGAGAAGAAGAUGGAUCACAAUAGACUUCAAAUUCCAAAAUAUGAACUAGUUACUACACCCUUAAAUAGAGAAGGUAUUGAUGAGUCAUUAACUAUCCAAUGCUCAUUACCAUAUCGUAAUAAUCCAUUAGAGUUUCUUUCUUUGCAUGGAACACUGGAUGGCCGUUUUUUCUUUUUAUUAAAAAGUGAUUGCAAUAUUUAUGAAAUAGUUUACCAGUCUAAAGAAGGAUGGAUUACUCCUUACUGUUAUAUAUACACUCAUCAAGUGCAUAGUUCAAUGCUGAAGCGCAUUUUAUUUCGCUAUACUAUUUUGAGAUUUUUACCACUAUCCCAACCUUUAACGCUUGUAUCUUUUGCACCAUGUGGUUACAUUAUAACUAUGGACAUACAUCAAAAUUUAUAUCUUUUAACAUAUAGUAGUAAUUUGCAAAGAGAUUGUUUAUUAAAUAAAAUAUCUCCUUGGGGCAGAAUGGUUAACAGUUUGGGUUAUUGGCUUCCUAAAUCUGAAAGUAAUUUAUAUGUAUCUCCAACUCAAUGGGACAAUUUUUUGAAUAGUCAAAUAAAAGAAGAUAUAUAUAGCAAAUCUAGUGAAAUAAGGAGCAAAUCUAUAGAUUUUGAGUCUAAUAAUCCAGCUAAAAUUAAGAUACUAGCAGUAUUAUCUAAGCAACAAUUAAAUUAUAUUUUAGAAGGAAAUAAUGUAAAGGGAUCUUUAGAAGAUAAUCAAAGAAAUAAUGACAGAUUUUUAAUAUCAAAUAUAGAUCUUUCCUUCUCAGCAGACUAUCAUUUAAUACUGACUGUAUUUAUGAAAUGCGGUACAAGGCUUCUAUUUAGGUGCUCCUGCAAUGAAGAUGAAGCUUCUUCAUUCACUUAUACACAAAUUACAAAUUCUAAGAAAUCAGUUAUAUCUCCCAAGAGACAAGCGGAGUCUUCUAAUCCAUCAAUUUUUGAUCAGUUUAAACCAAGAUAUAGAACAUCUUCAAUUAUAUUUGGAUUUUGGCUGAUUGAUAUUUUAAAUAAUUCAGAUACUAAAGUAGUAAUUCAAUCUUCAUAUUAUAAGAAUGGAUUGACGAUUAUAUCUUACCCAUUAAAUUCUAUAGAUAAAGAAAAGCAAAGUAAGAGCCUAGAAAGUACUAUGAAUAAUAUCAAUAACCAAUAUCAAAUUGAAAUUCGUCUAUUAAGCUCUGUUCCUGCAGAUUUAACUACUUCAUCGCAUAAAUUUAACAGUUUGGGGAUACAAAAUUCAGGAAGUAGACUAAGAUAUAGCAAGUAUUCUAACAAUCUUGAUCCAAAUUCGGAUAUAGGAGAACCCAUUAUUUUAGGAGUUAAUGAGCCAAUUAUUGAUAUUUAUGAAGUACCAACAGAUUUAUAUAAUAAAAUAUAUCAAGAUUCCGGAGGAACUACAAAUGAAAUGAAUAGAAAUAUACCAAAUAUUAACCCAUCCAUUUUACUAGAAUAUGGUGGUAAUUAUUAUGGUCCUAAAGCAUCUUAUGACUUACUGGGAUGGUGCAAGGAUAGAUAUAUCAUUUUAAUGGGAUAUACACAUUAUUAUGGUUUAACUAUAGGAUGGAAUGGUUUACAACAGGCAUUUGGAUCAACAGGUCUAUUUAUGCAAAUUAUUCAAGAGGUUAAACAAGGUACAAACUUCCGUAGAUUAGUUCAUCCAGAAGAUUCUUAUUUAUCAUGUUGUAACUCAUAUCUCACAUCCCCUUGGAUUGAAGCUAUAACUGGAGCUUUAGCCUUCUCUCUCAGAAGUACACUUGAAAUGCCUAUACUUAUUUCAAUGAAUAAGGUCUCCUGUACAUUUACUAUUAAAACCCUAGAUCACUGUAUAUAUACUUUACAAAACAUGAUGCAUUUUCUUAGUAGAUCUCAAAAUAUUAUUGGUACGGAGCUAUUUAAUAUUUGGAAUCCUCCAAAAAGCUCUUUUACAAAACCUAAAUAUUUCUUUGAAGUUGUGGAAGAAGUUUUUACAUGCCAAGUACCUCUUAAGAUGAUUGAAAUAACUACUAAUAUUUUAAAGUCUAUAACUUUCAUUAUACAUAUGCUAUUACAACUUUUUAGAUUGUUAUACUACUAUCAAGAAAGUCCAUUAAAUAUUCGAGAUGAAGUUAUACAAGAAAUGAAAAAUGAAAGAGCUCUUGAUAUAAUUCUAAAAACUCCAACUCUAUUUCUAGUAACAUCUAAUGAUUAUAUCAACUGUCUGAGGAAGUUUUCUUCUUAUUUCAUAAAUUCUUUAGUAAUAUCUAUGAUAGAGUCCAAAAGAGAAAAUACUACUAUAUUUAAUAAUGAACUCUCUACUAUACAAAAAAGUAUUCACUGGUUAUUAUGUCCUAAGACAAGGAAAUUCCUUACUAGAUCUAUACUUUCUUUUGAGUUGGGAUUUUAUAACUCUAAAUAUAGUCAUUCUAGUAUUAAUUCAGCAAAUUCAAUUCUUGAAAAGUUUUUGCACCUAGCAAAUCCAUCUAUAGAUUCCACAAAUCCAUCAGUUUCUCAAAAAUACUGGUUAGAUUUCCUAAAAGACCCUACUAGACACGAAUUACUUGAAAAUGCUUUUUGUACUCUUACAGUGGAACCCCAUAACAAAUUUUAUGAUGCUACAAUUUUAUUAAUAGAACUUAUUCAAUUUUUUGACAAGGAGAUAGGAGGAAACAGGAGUAAUUUUGAAACUAAUUCACUGAAUAUGACCUCUCAAUUAAAUAUACCACAAUAUGUCAAUCUCUUAGUAAAAUCUUGGGAUUUCUCUAUGUGUGAUGCACUAAUAGAAUUUAUUGAAAAUAAGUUAUCAAAUGAUGAAGAUGAAGUUGUUCAGUUUGCAUGUAAAGUUAUUUCUGAAUGUCUAAAAGCUAUGACAUCUUUAAAAAUUGGUCUAGAAAUAUUUUGUAUAUUUUUAAAACACUUAUUAAAUUCCUUUUUAAUGAAACUUUUUAAUAAUUUAAAAUAUCUUGUCUUUCGCAAGCAUGGUAUCUGCUUAUGUAAUUUUUUAAUGAAGGAUCUUGCAUAUAUACUAAGAUAUUGUAAUAAUAUAUUACCAGACUAUUCUAAUAAAGGAGUUUUAAGUAUUAUUACAGACUCAUUCAUUAUUGGUAUUGAUGGAAAUUCAGCAAAUGAAUCAUAUAUUGAAGCUAUUUGCUCAAUUUCUCUUGAAUUAGCUAUCCAAAGUAAAUAUUCACCAUUUUACUUAUUAGCAGUUAUCUUUAACCUAUAUAAUUCAAUGAAUAAAACUAUGGCAUAUAAUAAUGUUGCUAGUAUUCUCUGUGCACUUGGUCUAGAUAAUGAGAUAUCCUGUCAAGUGAAGUGUUUCAACCCUUUUACUAGCCUGGAAUUAUUAGAUAUUGUACAAUAUAUAGUGAAAAAUAAAAUUUCUAAAGUUAUAGAAGAUACAGAUAUUCAAAAUAUAUUUAUAUUGUUACCUGACAAAAAGUCAGCUUUAAAUAAGUCUUAUCUAAAUUUAGAAGAUAUGUAUAUUAUAUUGACAGAGAUUAUAAAUUCUCUCGAAUAUUUGCAACUACCUGUUUUAAAUUACAUCAAUAGUAUCACAAAUAAUACUGGUGAUUAUGAUUACGAUUAUGAUUGUGAUUUUUCAAACGAAGGCUUAAAAAGAAUAGACGAUAUUCAAGUAUUACCAAUUAAAUAUGUUCAAUACUAUUUAAACAAUAAUAUAGUUCAAUCAUAUUCUGAGAUGCUUUCCAUAAUAUAUCGUUGCCCUCAUAUUCAAUUGUUUUCAAUUAUUGCAUCUUUAUUAGAAUCUACAACUAUAAUUCGAACUGAAGAGAAUGUUGAUGCAUUUUGUAGUUUUUUAUCAGAUAUGUUACUUCAAACCCUUCUUCCUCCAAAAUCUCAUCCUAUAUAUCAGCUUGUAUCUGACUAUGACACAAUAUUCCCAAUAUUAGAGACUAUAUUCGGUUUCAAUGGAGAUAAUCUUCUUGAUUCCUUUCUAAAACUUUUAGUUUAUAUUGAAAAACCUCUGAUUGGCAUAAAUGGGACUGAAUUACUUGAUUCAUUAGCACUUAUGAAGACAAUUAACAAACAAAAAGAUGCAAAUUUGCAAACUCUAUAUAUAUUUCAACAACUCUAUGUGUUAUUAGCAGUCUUUGAAUUUUCAGUUCACUAUUUUAAAACCAAAAAGGCCUUGUAUAAAAGAAUAUAUCCUGAUGAAUUAAAUACUAUAUCUAUUAAAAUAUGGAGAAAUAAAUGGAAUGUAUCAUAUCACUUAUUGCUAGAUACAUAUGUUUCGCUUAUUGAAGCAUGUUGUACUACAAAUAUCUCUAAUAACCCAUUUAGCCUAAUAGUUGAUCGUUUAAUAUCACUUGAAUGUCCUCUUGUGACUGUUAAUAUUGCUGAUACAUUUGAAGACUUCGUUCAGCAUCUAAGACUUUGUGCAACUACAGUUAUUAUUAUAUGGGUUAAGGAAGAUCUUCAGAACAUUAGCUCUAAUCAAAAAGAUAUUAUUGUCAAUUUUAUAUCUACGGUAAUUCCCUUUUUAAGUGCUAAUACUAACAAAAUAUUAGCGAAUCAUGAAGCCCUAAUUAAUACCUUACAAGAUAUAACCCUCAAACUUUCAAAUAACAAGAAAUCUUGUUAG